AUCAAGUCCGCUUCAGUUCAACAUGGACGGAAUCUUAUUUUUUAGGAUAAGUUUGAUUCUACUAAUCUUUGCAUUGGGGAGUGUCACAGGUUCCAUCAUCACAGGAUUUUUUGACGAACCAUUGGAUCUUUCCUGUAAUGAAAAUAAUGAUACUAAGCAACCAAUAGAAAAGCUGAUUGUUAUUCUCAAAUUGAGCAAUGCUACUGAUACAACUACAACUAAAUUUGUUUCAUACAAUGGUACCAAAGUUUGCAAUGAAGAUCAUUGGCUGUAUAAUAUAUGCCUGUCACAGGUGACGUCAUAUUUGACCAAAGAUGAUAAUCGAGCCCAUUUCGUUAUCAUGAAUCCUCCACCAACACUCAAUAAUCGUGAGACUAAAUGUGUGUAUGAAUACAAAUAUUCGACUACCGAGGACACCCCUAGUGGAGGAACUGUUCGAACGAUUAAACUUCAAGGUUUGUAAACAAUUUUGCUCUGUAUGACCAUGCAUAUAUUUUACAACCAUCACUCCUGUACGUAUAUUACGUACGCGGGCUCUUCCGUGAGGUUCGCUUCGGAUCCACACACACUAUUCACAAUAUACAGCACUUAACUCACAUGUUGAUUUUUACGGAGGGAGAAUUUACUGCGAUUUUUAUAAACAUGCGAACUCUGUGUCUGCGAGCUGCACGCUAAAAUUUGGUUUUUGGCUGCCUCCAGUCAAAGCAAAAAAGGUACCGACUGAUAAGGUUUGAUUGACGGCAGCGAAAAACCAAAUUUCGUGCAGCUUGCAGCAAGCGAGUUCGCAUGUUCAUUAUGAUAAUAGCAGUAAUAGGAAAUCCCCCGUGACAAAGAUGAUGAUGGUGAUGAUGAUGAUAAUCAUCAUCCUCAUCAAAACAGUGGAACGCUCUCCCUAAGGACAUUAGACAUGCAUCAUCAGUAGAACUUUUUAAAAAGAAACUUAAAACAUACCUGUUCAAUUUAUAAUCCAAGUAGUCAGACCACAUUUAU